GCCCUUGUGAGCACCCUCACAUUGGGGUUCUUACCACGUGACCAUGCAUCCAAGGAUAUCUCAAACUAGAAGAGUGCUAAGUAAUGGACACGCUUUACAACCCGCCGCAAAGAAAAACACAAAUGGUACUAAAAGUAUUUCUUUAAUUUUGCGCGAGUAUAGAAAUGACUUUGGGACCCAUCAAGUGAGUACGAACAGAAAGUUAAAUUUGGAACUUUAAACUUUGUUGAAUCAUCUCCUCUAGCUCGAGAACAAAAGGACCGAGAUGAUGAAGUCUGUAGAUGUCAAACACUGACAUUGAUAAAAAAAGCUUAGGCUAUUUAGACUGCACUUCUUUACUUGAAGUCUUCACGUACGCGAUGAACAAUGUGUAUCUACCGGUGUCGAGAAGCGAUCAUUCAGGAAACUCCGGAUCAGUCAGUCUGUAAGAUAAAUUAUUAAUGUAGGUUCUAACAAGACGAAGAACCCCAAAUUGCCUGUGGAGGUGACUAAUUAGCAGUCUUUGGAGGCAAUUCCUAAAUGAUGAGAAUGAGGAACAAGUAUGCAAUUAUUAUUAUCUGCAUUUUGGCGCUUUUCAUCAUCGAAAAGGAAAACAACAUUAUUUUAAGGGUUUCAGAUAAGCUGGCAAUGUUCAGAAAACAGCAAAUCCCAGAGACGUCUUCUUUUGUGCUAAUAGAUGACAACAGCUCCUAUCCAGAUGAUAUUUAUACCGAAAACGACACUCACAUCUUAAGGGCCCAUGAGAAAGGCCAGAAGCACAUUCUCUUGAUGGCUACCACUCGUACAGGUUCUUCUUUUGUGGGGGAAUUCUUCAAUCAACAGGGCGCCGAUAUGUUUUACCUCUUUGAGCCGCUGUGGCAUGUGGAGGUGAUGCUGUCGCUUGGCACAAAUGGCACAAAUUCCAGCACGUCUCCGUGGGUCUACAGAGACGUCCUGAAGCAUCUCUUCUUGUGCGACUUCUCUCUGUUGGAGCGCUUCAUUAACCCCCCGCCCAAGAACCACGUCACCCCUGACCUGUUCCGCAGGGAGUCCAGUGUAGCUCUGUGUGAGAAGCAGGUCUGCACACCGGUCAUAAAAGGCAUUUUCGAGAAGUACCACUGCAGGACGAGGCGGUGCGGGCCACUCAACCUGACCCUGGCGUCUGAGGUCUGCCAAAAAAAGCGAAACAGGGUUAUCAAAACUGUCAGGGUCACACAACUAGACACACUACGUUCUCUGUUAGAGGACCCGCAGCUGGAUGUCAGACUCAUACAGCUGGUGAGAGACCCUCGGGCCACCCUGGCAUCAAGGAUAGUAGCUUUUCCAAGUAAGUACCAGGAUUGGAAAAGCUGGGCUGUAAAUGAAAAUGUAUCUGUUAAGGAAGAGGAGGUUAAACGUCUGGAAGGAAACUGCAACAACAUUCGCAUGUCUGCCGAGCUGGGCUUGAGUCUGCCUAAAUGGUUGGAAAAGCGGUACAUGUUAGUGCGUUACGAGGACAUCGCCAGGUACCCCAUGCAGAAAGCAGCAGAAAUGUACAAUUUCACAGGGAUUCCAUUUACAUCGCAAACAAGGGACUGGAUCCUAAAAAACACGCACUCGCACUCCAGCGGUAUAUUUUCCACCCAAAAAAACUCUUCGGAGCAGGUGGAAAAAUGGCGCUUUAAGAUACCUUUCAAAUUGGCCCAAUUUGUACAGGAAGUUUGUGGACCAACCAUGAAACUUUUUGGCUAUAGGUUCGUAGACAAUGAACAGUCAUUGGUAAACAAAUCGUUUAGUUUGCUUGAAGAGAAAACAUUUCAUUUUUCAUAGUGUAAAAUCUGACCAGGUUUCUGGAACUACACUGGGAUGUUGGUCUACUUUUUCUGGAACUACACUGGGAAACUGAUCUAUUAGUAACAUUAGUCAAUUCAAGGGUCUUUAUCCUGGAUAGUGAGAUUAAAGGGGUCAUAUGCUGCGAUUUCAUGUUUUCCUUUGUCUUUGGAGUGUUAAAAAAUGCAGUUUGUGAAUAAAGAUGAUCUUUAAGGGGCAGAUUAAACAUCAAACACUUUCUAAAAUUAAAGUAACACAAAAUCAUCAACACCUUUUAAAGGUCCCGUUCUUUUUGUGUUUUUGAUGCUUUGAUUGUGUUUACAAUGCGCAAUAUAACAUGCGUUCAUGUUUCACGUGUAAAAAAACGCAGUAUUUUUCACACAAUUUACUAAUCUGUAUGCCGCUAUUUUCACUGUCCUCAAAACAGGCUGAUGUCUUCCUUGUUCUAUGAAGUCCCUCCUUCAAAAAUACGUAACGAGUUCUGAUUGUGUAGUUUGUUUAGUGUGUUGUGAUUCGAUAGCAGCUUAGCUUGCCGUUAGCUUAGCUGCCAACUGACGUAUUACUGUGGGCGGAGUUUAGUCAAAAAACUGUUCUAGUGAUGUCAUUAAAGCAGGAAGUAGAGGGCUGUAGUCCAAACCGGCUGUUCGCUGUAGGCUUUGAAAGGGGAAUUCUGUUAAAGAAAAUAUUAUCGCCUUGCAGUGAACUUUGAGCUUUAUCAUUUUACAAGUAUUAUUAAUGCUAUUAUAGCAAUAUUACACAUUAACUAGGGUAUAAAAAAUGGGAUCAGAAAGACCUUUAAAAACGCUUGCUUUGGAAGCUAAUAUUCUAAAUAUGGUAAGAAGUGUAACAUUUCCGUCACACAGUUAAGGUAUUCGGCACAACGUAAUGGAUAGCUGGCCAAUCAGAGCACACCACACUUUAAUGAAUGACAAGCUUUGUAAAAAUCGAUGUGUUUUAGAAAGGCGGGGUGUAGAGACGCAACAAUAAUGUACAGUAUGUGGAAACUACUGUGUUUUUUAACCUUAAACCGCGUUUUGUGUAUUUGCAUUACACCAAAUACACAAAGUAAUGUUCUUUUUAACAACGUCAUAUGACCCCUUUAAGAAUGAUUGGUUUAAGAUGCAUUCAUUUGAAAAAUAAAACAUCUGAUGUAAUAUUGGGACAAUUUAAUGUCUGUGUAUGUGAGUAUUGUCUAAAAAUUUCUUUACAGUAUGCAAAAUAUGUAAAAACUGACCUACAGUAUUACACUGUAAAAAUUGUUCCACCAACUUUCUCUUUUAAGUUGUCUUUUAGCUUUGACUAUAUUUAUAUUUACUUAAAAACUUAAGUAGUUUGAACUUGGUUUGUUAAGAUAUUAAAAUAUUUGACCCAACUAUUUAUUUCAUGUAACCUGGACUUGCAAAGUUAAGGUAAAAU